CCUUAAAAUCCACCAUUCUCUCUCUCUCUUUCUCUCUCUCUCUCUACCUUAAACUGUACCAAACCGUAUUGAUUGAUUUGCACGGUACGAUCGUAAAUUAAAUCCUGGUAUAGUACGGUGUCGUUUAAGAUGGAUACGCAGCGUAAGUCGAAGCAUCUUAAGACCAAUCCAACCAUUGUUGCCUCUUCUUCUGAAGAAGUGAGCAGUCUUGAGUGGGAAGAAAUAGCAAUGGCACAAGAAGAAGAGGAUUUGAUUUGCAGGAUGUAUAAGCUUGUCGGUGAAAGGUGGGAUUUAAUAGCUGGGAGGAUUCCAGGAAGAACAGCAGAAGAGAUCGAGAGGUUUUGGGUGAUGAAGAAUCAUCGGAGAUCUCAAUUACGUUGAUUGCCAACUCUUUAAUCAUUUUUAUAAUAAUGAAAAAAGAAAGAAUGAAAUAUAGAUCGACAUAUAUUCGUUGGUAAUUCUGCAGUUUUGUUCGUGAGUUUGAAGUGGUUGUAUUUCGGGGUUUAUAUGAUGUGUUUCUACGUUAUUUGAUAAAAUCACGAAUGGAACCUUUAAUAAUUUGAAAUAAAUUAAUAUCAACAAU